AUACUUUUACUUCCAUUUUUACGGGACGCACUGUAAACGGAUGAGCUUUACUCCUGCGGCGCGUCUGUAAUAAUGUAACGAGCACUUCAGCUGGUCUGUCGCGGUUGCUUGUGUUAUUAUGGAGUGCGGAAUCAGCGGCGAUCAGAUGUGCUGCUGAUUCAGAUCAUCCACCCACAAACAGCGCGAUCUCCAUCUACUCUCACACACCACAGAGACUCAAAACAUGGGCAAACACUUCGUCCGCUAUUGGCUUUGGGCUCUGGUGGCUCUUUUCACCACCAAACGAGCGCCUGCUUUUAAUCUUGACAUCAGCAAACCCACAGUUUUCUCUGGACCUCCGGGAAGUUACUUUGGAUUUUCGGUGGCUUUCUUCAACCCUGAUAACAGCCAAUUAAACAUAUUGGUCGGUGCACCAAGGGCAAACACAUCUGAUCAAACCCCCUCUGCAGUCACAGAGAGGGGGGCUGUCUUCAGCUGUCCCUGGCAAAAAAGCGGCACAUGCACACAGAUUCAGUUUGACAGCACCGAUGACAGAAAGCAUUCCAAUGGACAGCAAAUGGAGUUUAAGUCAAAUCAAUGGUUUGGUGCCACUGUGCGUUCCUCUGGGGACCAAAUUCUGGCGUGUGCACCUCUCUACCAGUGGAGCACAUAUGGAUUUUCAGAAAGAGAGCCUGUCGGGACAUGUUACCUGAAGAAAGGCAAUAACAUUGUGGAAUAUUCACCCUGCCGCUCUAAGUCAAACUCACCUGAGGGGCAAGGAUUCUGUCAAGCAGGCUUCAGUGCUGACUUUGUAAAGAAGAAUCGGGUUGUUAUUGGAGGACCAGGAAGCUUUUAUUGGCAAGGUCAGCUGAUCUCCGAUGACGUCACCGAGGUCAUCAACAGAUACAAUAAGGAAUUUUUGACUCCUUACAGUAACCAGUUAUCAACCAAGCCAGCCGGGGCUCAGUAUGAUGACAGUUAUUUGGGUUACUCUGUGGCUGUUGGAGAUUUUAAUGAGGAUGGAGAAGAUGAUUAUGUCACUGGAGUUCCUAGAGGGGAGAAGGCUCUCGGAUAUGUCAACAUUUUUAACGGGAGGAACAUGGAGUCGAUGUAUAACUUCACAGGGACACAGAUGGCUGCUUACUUCGGUCAUUCUGUGGCUGCUGUUGACGUUAAUAAUGAUGGGAAAAUGGAUUUGUUUGUGGGGGCUCCUCUAUUUAUGGACCGGGGCUCAGAUGGCAAACUGAGGGAAGUGGGUCAGGUCUAUGUCUACCUAGGAAAAGGUGGCUUCACCUUCAACAGUGUCAUCAAACUCACCGGCUCCGAGAUCUAUGCUCGAUACGGAAGCUCAGUCUGCAGCGUGGGAGACCUUAACAUGGACGGAUAUAACGAUGUGGCCAUUGCUGCUCCAUAUGGUGGGCCGUUCCACCGCGGCCUGGUGUACAUCCAUAAUGGCCGUUCCACAGGGCCCAAUCCUGUGGCCUCUCAAGUUCUGGAAGGAACAUGGGCAUCUGUGUCCAUGCCAUCCAGCUUUGGUUAUUCCAUGAAUGGAGGCACCGAUGUGGAUCAGAAUGGAUACCCUGACCUGAUUGUUGGGGCUUUUGGAGCUGACAAAGCCAUUCUGUACAGGGCCCGUCCCGUCAUCAGUGUGAACACCACGUUGGAUAUUAGCCCACAGAUCUUGAAUCCUGAAGACAAAAGCUGUACCUUGCCUAGUACAGCUACUAAAGUUUCCUGUUUCACUGUGAAGUACUGUCUCAAGGCUAGUGGCAAGGGAGCGCCAUCUUCCCUUCUUUUCCAAGUGGAUUUGACCCUGGACCGCCUCAAGCACAAAGGAGCCAUCAAACGGGUGCUGUUCCUCUACAACAAGAUGUCUCAUUAUUCGAAGAACAUGACCGUCAACAACAACCAGGGGCUGGCCUGCGAGGAGCUUCAGGCUUAUUUAAUAGAUGACUCAGAAUUCAGGGAUAAGAUCACACCCAUCUCUGUUUUUAUGGAGUACAGUUUGGAUUUCAAAUCGGCUGCAGAUAAAACCGGCCUCUUGCCCAUCCUUGACCAGUCUGCUCCUACAAACGUCACCAAGCAGGCUCACAUACUCCUGGAUUGUGGCGAGGACAAUAUCUGCAAGCCAGACUUAAAACUGUCUGUGGUGAGUGACCAGAACGAGAUCUACAUAGGUGACGACAACCCACUGACCCUGGAGGUCACAGCAGAAAAUGGAGGAGAAGGGGCAUACGAGGCUGACCUGAUCGUCACUCUUCCAUCACAGGCCGAUUUCACUGCGGUCGUGCGUAACAGUGAGACGUUGUCCAGACUGUCCUGUGCUUUCAAGAAAGACAAUCAGACCAGGGUGGUCGUGUGUGAUCUUGGCAACCCAAUGAAAGGAGGAACUAAGAUAGUAGCAGGAUUGCGCUUCAGCGUGCAUCAGCUCUCUGAACAGGACACAGAAGUCAAGUUUGGAUUGCAGAUUCAGAGCACAAAUCAGUUCAACAAUACCAGCAAUCUGGUGUCUGUUGUCACAAAGCUCGCUGUGCUGGCCAAAGUGGAAUUAAGAGGGGUUUCUGCGCCAGAGCAGGUGUUUUUACCUAUUGCUAACUGGCAGCCGAAAGAGAAUCCUGUUCUGGAGGAUGACAUUGGCCCUCUUGUACAGCACAUCUAUGAGCUAAGAAACAAAGGACCCAGUACAUUCAGCAAGGCCAUUUUGGAUGUGCAGUGGCCCUACAGAUUCAACAACGGCUCUCUGCUUUACAUCACCAAGUUUUCAGUGGACGGAAACAUGAACUGCAGCUCAAACAGGGAGCUCAACCCUCUGAAUGUCACAAGUCCCAGAUUUCUUGACCAGAAUGACACCUCUGCAAGUGGAGCAGAGGGAAGAAACAGACACAAUGUUCAUCGCAGAGACCUGGAGGAAAAACAUGGGGAAGAAAACCUGGAGAUUCUGGAUUGUGGGAAUGCAGAGUGUCAGGAGAUCAAGUGUUUCGUUGGCCGUCUGGAGAAAGGCCAGAGUGCAAUUCUAUUUAUUUAUUCUAGACUGGCCGUGAACACCUUUCUCAAGGCUGAAAGUCAAAACAAGUCAUACAUUGUUCGAUCCUCGGCUUCCUUUAGUGUGAUAGAGAUGCCGUAUAAAAACCUGAAUCCUGAGCUCCCAACCAGCACUCAGUCGGCGUCCCUGAAGGUGAUCUGGAAUUCGGAGAACCCUCAGCCUGUCCCGGGAUGGGUUGUGGCUCUGGCUGUUCUGGCUGGACUGCUGCUUCUGGCUCUGCUCAUCUUUGUCAUGUAUAAGCUGGGCUUCUUCAAUCGCGUUCGGCCUCCACAGGAGGACCGCACAGAGAAAGAGCAGCUUCAGCCGCAGGAGAACGGAGACCGAAACACUGAAGCCUGAGCUCUGCAUCUUCACCAGUGCCAACACACCAAUGCCACAUCCACUGUCGUGUCCUGACUGUAGUGCCCUGACACACUCACUCUGAUGUCCUGAUGACACACACUACUGCUGCUGUGGACGUUUCUAGUGGAUUGAAUUAAGACUGUGCCAAUUCUUUCCCAUCAUGCUCCUUUCCUUCUUUAACUGCACUGAGUCUUAAAAGCGGAUUUCGUUUUCAGUUGGGCGUAGAGAUUAACAUCUUUAAAAGUGUUACACGUUGAAAUUGUUUACUUUAAUUAAGGUAAAAUAAUCAUUAAAACAGUACUUUUUAAGCUCUUUUUAUUUUGAGGAAAGAGGUGAGUUUUGUACAUUUUUAGAUGCUGGUUCUGCUUCAGUUUGGGGUUUUUUCUGUUGGAUUUUUCCAUCUCUUUUCCUUUGCAGAUUUUUUCAGCUCCUGAAUUUGGACUCUGAUUUAUUAUUUGGGCGUAAGGUGUAUAAUUUUUGAGAAAAUGUUCUUCUGUUUGUCUACUGUACACAUUAUUUUAGAGCAGGGUUAUGUAUGUGCUUAUUAAUAAGUAUAAGUAAAAAAGAGAAAGUAAUCAACAUUUUUGCACAACAGAGCAAUAAAAAAAGCAGCAAUUAUGUACUUUACAAACUUACCACCAACAAAGAUUCACUAUGAGUUUAAAUUCACUGUCAGUUUGAAGAUUCUUCUCAGUCAAAACUGAAGAGAAGGUAUUUUUAUAGACGAAAGCUACUUUUUAUUAUUUUUUUCUCAGUAUCUCCAACACAGAUUUAUGGCUUAUUUGUAAAAUCUCAAUUGUGCAUUUUUCUUGAAAACUUUCUUGAUAAGUUAGCCACUUAUUUAUGUAUGCUGAAUAUUAAGGGUUUCCUGUGAGAAUUGAUCAAUCUCUUUUACCCAAACAUGUGUUAAAUACAUUUUGUGUGAAAUA